CGAUGCUAAUAAAACCUAAUCAUUUAGGUAGACCUCGUAUAGAACCGAGAGUACAGUUACUUGCUGUUUUAUGGUUGCUAGCAACUCCUGAUUCUUAUAGAUCUGUUGGACUCAAAUUCGAUUUGGCUAAAUCGUCACUAAAUCACUGCGUACGACGUGUUAUUCAGGCCUUUUGUAAUAUUUCAAACGAUAUUAUCAAAUGGCCAUCUGUGAAUCGUAUGAAUACUGUAACAGAGAAGUUCAAACAGAUAGCGGGUCUUGAUAAUGUUCUUGGUGCUAUUGAUGGUUCAUAUAUUGAAAUUCCAGCACCAUCUAUAGAUGCUCAUUGUUACCUGACAAGAAAGUGUAGAUAUGCCAUUAUACUUCAAGCUGUAUGUGAUGCAGAUAUGCGUUUCAUUGAUUGUUAUGUCGGAUAUCCUGGUUCUGUGGGGGAUCUUAGAGUUUUCCGCAAUUCUGAUCUUUGGAAUUGUGUCAACAGAAAUCCUCAGUCUUUUUUCCCUAAUCAAGAAUUCAUAAUAGGAGACAAAGCAUAUCCUGUACUUGGAUGGUGUUUGACCGCUUAUAAGGAUAAUGGUCAUUUGACAGAGGUCGAGAACAAUUUUAAUUUUAUUUUAUUACAGACUAGACAAAUAAUAGAACGCGCUUUUGCUUUACUAAAAGGACGCUUUAGACGUUUAAAAUAUUUAGAUAGAUUUGAUACCUGCAACAAUUUUAGCCUGUUGUGUUCUUCAUAACAUAUGU